AUGGUGUGCACCAGGAAGACCAAAACUUUGGUGUCCACUUGCGUGAUCCUGAGUGGCAUGACCAACAUCAUAUGUCUGCUCUACGUGGGCUGGGUCACCAACUACAUCGCCAGCGUGUAUGUGCGGGGGCAGGAGCCGGCGCCCGACAAGAAGCUGGAGGAAGACAAAGGGGACACCCUGAAGAUUAUUGAACGGCUGGAUCACCUGGAGAAUGUCAUAAAGCAGCAUAUCCAAGAGGCCCCCGCCAAGCCCGAGGAGGCAGAGGCUGAGCCCUUCACAGACUCCUCUCUGUUUGCACACUGGGGCCAGGAGCUCAGCCCGGAAGGCCGGCGUGUGGCCCUGAAGCAGUUCCAGUACUACGGCUACAACGCCUACCUCAGUGACCGCCUACCCCUCGACCGGCCCCUGCCUGACCUCAGACCCAGUGGGUGCCGCAACCUCUCAUUCCCCGACAGCCUCCCAGAGGUGAGCAUCGUGUUCAUCUUUGUCAAUGAAGCGCUGUCUGUGCUGCUGCGUGCCAUCCACUCGGCCAUCGCACGCACACCUCCGCACCUGCUCAAGGAGAUCAUCCUGGUGGAUGACAACAGCAGUAAUGAGGAGCUGAAGGAGAAGUUGACAGAGUAUGUGGACAAGGUGAAUGGCCAGAAGCCAGGCUUCAUCAAGGUCGUGAGGCACAGCAAGCAGGAAGGCCUCAUCCGCUCCAGGGUCAGCGGCUGGAGGGCCGCCACUGCCCCUGUAGUGGCGCUCUUUGAUGCCCACGUGGAAUUCAAUGUGGGCUGGGCUGAACCCGUGCUCACCCGCAUUAAGGAGAACCGGAAACGGAUCAUCUCCCCAUCCUUUGACAACAUCAAAUACGACAACUUUGAGAUAGAAGAGUACCCACUGGCGGCCCAGGGCUUUGACUGGGAGCUGUGGUGCCGCUACCUCAACCCCCCCAAGGCCUGGUGGAAGCUGGAGAACUCCACGGCCCCGAUCAGGAGCCCUGCCCUCAUUGGCUGCUUCAUUGUGGACCGGCAGUACUUCCAGGAGAUUGGCUUGCUGGACGAAGGCAUGGAGGUCUACGGAGGGGAAAAUGUCGAGCUCGGGAUCAGGGUGUGGCAGUGUGGCGGGAGCGUGGAGGUCCUGCCCUGCUCGCGGAUUGCCCACAUCGAGCGAGCCCACAAGCCCUACACCGAGGACCUCACCGCCCAUGUCCGCAGGAACGCCCUCAGGGUGGCUGAAGUCUGGAUGGACGAAUUUAAAAGCCAUGUGUACAUGGCAUGGAACAUACCCCAAGAGGACUCAGGAAUUGACAUUGGGGACAUCACUGCAAGGAAAGCUCUGAGAAAACAGCUGCAGUGCAAGACCUUCCGGUGGUACCUGGUCAGCGUGUACCCAGAAAUGAGGAUGUACUCGGACAUCAUUGCCUACGGGGUGUUGCAGAACUCCCUGAAGACCGAUUUGUGUCUUGAUCAGGGCCCAGAGACAGAGAAUGUUCCUAUUGUGUACAUCUGCCAUGGGAUGACACCCCAGAACGUGUACUACACGAGCAGCCAGCAGAUCCAUGUGGGCAUCCUGAGCCCCACGGUGGACGACGACGACAACCGCUGCCUGGUGGAUGUCAACAGCCGGCCGCGGCUCGUCGAGUGCAGCUAUGCCAAAGCCAAGAGGAUGAAGCUCCACUGGCAGUUCUCUCAGGGAGGCCCCAUCCAGAACCGCAAGUCCAAGCGCUGUCUGGAGCUGCAGGAGAACCACGAAGCGGAGUUCGGCUUCCAGCUGGUGCUGCAGAGGUGCUCGGGCCAGCACUGGAGCAUCACCAACGUCCUGAGGAGCCUGGCAUCCUGA